GCAACAUGGCAGCUGGUAAACUCGCAGAUGGCACUUUCAGCUAGAAAACUCGCGAUUUUUCUGUUUUAAACGCUCGGGUUCGCAGAAAAAAGCGCUCGUUUGGAUAGUCUCCGCUCCGCUAGGCUGCGUUUCCCAGGGGCUGGUUUGGUUAUCCCGUAUUCCCUGUACGUCGUUAGCAGCUGAGGCUAGCUAGCGAGCUAACUCCUCCGUAGGGAACAAUGACAGCGUCCUCUGCAGGUAGCUCCACCUGUCUCGCCGCCAGAGGAUUGGACAUAAGUCUGGCCGCACUGCAGCGACAAGACCCCUACAUUAAUAAUAUUGUGGAUGUGGCCAGCCAAGUCGCUCUGUAUACUUUUAACAACAAGGAUAAUGAGUGGGAGAAGACACAAGUGGAGGGGACUCUGUUCGUCUACACAAGACUGGCGUCUCCCAGGCACGGAUUCACUAUCAUGAACAGACUCAGCAUGGAGAACCUGACAGAACCCAUUACCAAAGACCUGGAUUUCCAGCUCCAGGAUCCUUUCCUGCUGUACCGGAACGCACGAUUGGUUAUCCAUGGGAUUUGGUUCUAUGAUAAGGAGGACUGUCAGCGCAUUGCCCAAAGGAUGAAGAUUCUGACCCAGCAGGAGCAGGCCCUGGCUCAUUCCCAGGGUGGUUGGCUGUCUCCAGGAGUUGGAGGAGUAGGAGUAGGAGGAGGAGGGGGAGGAGGUGGUGGUGGUGGUGGUGGUGGUGGUGGUGAGGGCAAGCCUGUAGACAUCCUCCAGAUGCUGACCAAAGCACGCAGCGAGUAUGACAAGGUAGGGAAGUCUAGUUCAGAGCCAAAGGAGAUUGGCGGCAGUACUGUUCUACAUGGAAAUCCAAACCUGAUCAAACCCAUACCUGUUAAACCUAACACUCAGGACAGUGAAGGUGGCGAGCCAAGGUCUCUCUCUUUAGCAACUCUUUUUGGCUCUCAACAUCAACAUCACCAUGCCUGUAAACCUGCGCCUGUCUCCUCUUUGGCUGCUUCUGGGAUGGGGUCAGUGGCUAAAACAAGAGCUGAUGUUCGCCCAGGUGUAGCACGCACGUUGACGUAUGAUGAUCCAGUGAGGUCUGGCGAAAGCACAGCACCAAAGGGAGGAAAGUCCAGCUUUACUGGGGGUGCAGACAAUAUAGUGAGAGGUCAAAUGGCUGGGGAAGCUGGUAGAACUGGGGGUCCCAAAAUACACCAGGGCUCCCUUGUUGGGGCACCAGAGGCCAGGAGUGGAAUAGCAUCAGGGGCAGGAAGAGGGGGCCCUGUGGGUAUCAGGGGACCUGUUCUUGGGGCUCCUGCAAUCUGUCCUCCUGGGUCAGGACUGUCUGUUGUUGCAGAUGUGCAGGCCAGUCCCACCACUACCCCCCACCAGCAUCCACAGAACCAGCCCCAGCACUGCUCAGCCAUCCAGAAACUCAUCCAGGGACAGAGAGGUGUCGUGGGAGUCGGUGGGGUGCUUCAGACUGUAUCCGAGUCUCCUGAGAACAGGCUAUGUGAGAACGGCGUGCCCCUGGAGCACCACCACUACCACCAUCUUCACCAUCAUCUUCAUCAUCAGCACCACCAUCACCAUCAGCAGCAGUAUCAACACCAACAACAAGUUCAGCCUGACCCGAUCCAGAGACUUUUCCGAAACCAGCCCCCUGCCCUGCCCUCCACUUCCUCCAGUGUUCGUCCAUGCUGUUCCAACCCCCCUCCUCUGCAGCAGCCCCCCCAGCUCUCCUCUCUCCCGCCCGCUCAGCCCUUAUUAGUGGAUUCUGUAGCUUAUUCCUGCUCCCACCCCCAGCACAGCCAGUCACUGUUUUUCAGCCCAUCCCAGCCUCACCUAGAGCCCCAUCGCAACAGCCAGUCAGCACCCGCUGCACAUGGAACAGGUCUGCCCUCCCAAGUUCCAGGCGUGGUGUCACCUCAUGAACUCCUCCAAAAGCUCCAGCUGGUCCAGCAGGAGCAAAGCCUAGCUUCCGACGACUCUCCCCGACUCGGCCCAGCACUGGCCCCUCGAUUCCCAGGUGCCGCCCCAGCUCAAGGCCAAGGCCCAGCUUUAGGCCCAGGCCCAAACCAGCCCACAGCAGCAACAGGCCAGAAGGCUGCACUGCAGUUUCAGGUCAACUCUCCUCCACGUAUACCAGCCACGAUGUCCCCCACCCUGCUCCUCUCUCCCAGUGUGUUCUCUCAGGCCAAGUCCUCCAGCGGGGGGGUCUCAGCGGUCCCCCAAGACAGCUGUCCUCCCCCGCCCACCACAUCCAGACCCCAGCUACAGGAAGAGCUCGGGAUUCUGUCCAGAAGCCAGUUCCAAGCCACACUGCUGCAUCUGAUUCAGACUGACAGCUCAUUCCUGGACACCAUCUAUGAAGCCUUCAUUAGCAAACUUGCUAAAGAUACCAGCAGCAAGUACUGAAGACACUUCACACCCACCUGUCUAUACAUGUGACUGACCCAGAACCCUCUGUUUGGAUAGUUAUGCAACAGAAACAGCGAGGCCAACUCUCACAGCUACUACCUAUGCACCACCUAUGCACAGACAAACCCACACAGUAGCCAGGAAAAAGUAGUUAUCACAAAUUGUAAACAUGUUCAUUUAUUUUCACAUUGGUCUAGCAAUUCCCUGGUGGGUCAAGUUAAGAACCUCUGAUUUCUGGCACCAGCCUGGAGUAACCUUCAUGUUUACCAACUAGACCAUACAACUCAGUUCCAGUGAAACAGGAAACAGAUAUAUAUUACAGCCUUAGUUAUUACAAGGUGCUUGAAUUACAUUGCAACCUGUAGUUCACCAAGUGUAGCCGAAGUUUUCCUUUCUUCUGUUUUUCACUCCAUCGACGACCAGCCAGCCCACUGGGCCGUAACAAAGUAGUCUUCCUAAUCUGAGAGCGAAAGAGCUUAAGAACAUUCUCAGAUUGUCUUGAAACUGACUUCUGAUGUAAUAUCUAAUGUAAAUUGUAAAACAUUUUAAGUGUUUCUUUUUCUUUUUUGUUAAGAAAAACGAGUGUUAAUGUUUGAACAUGUUGGAUGUCACAAUUUUGAUUCUUUUAAAUUGAGAUUUAAAGGAUUUUUUUUUUUAAAUCUGUUUUUAGUAAUGGUAAAUUUGAUAGUUUAUCUGAAUGUUUUUAAAUCUCUAGUGAUUCUUAAAGUCAUAGUUUGUCAUGUUGAUUUUUUUUAAAGUAAAUUUUCUUCGGCAGACACUUCGUGCAGCACAGAGGAAAAUAGGUCUGCCUUAGUGUUUCAGUGAACUGAAUGCCACUAGCAUUGUCAGCUUUCCUCAGUGACACCAAUGAGUGAGCUGGUUAGCCUGCAGCUAGCAGCACCGUUUGAGUUUCAUUAAUAAGGCUAACUAUGCUAACAUGUAGCUUUUCACACAACUUAACCGAUAUCAAGCUUAGUAAAGAAAAGGAGAAAAUGUCUUUUUCUUCACAGCACUUAAUUGACUUUACUGAAAAAGUGCUUUGCUCUUCUUUUUGUUAUUGUUACAAUGAUCAAAACAACAAAGAAUUCAAAAUGGCAUGGUUGAACUUGAACCAACAAGGUAAACUACCUGUACUACCUCACAGAGAGCUAGUUUUGGGGUGAACCUGUGUUUUUAUUCAGUGACAGAUUGUCUGUUCUGUGACUGGACAGUUUUCAAUGUUUGAUAAUCCAAUCAGGAUUUUGGAUUCAGCUCACCUUCAAUCAAACGUUCAGGAAAACGUUUCUUUUUUUCAUUGCAGAAAAGUAAAGCCUUUGACAUAACACACAUCUCAGUAUUCAGACAGCCAGCUCAAGUUGUUUUUCUGCCAUUUGUUUUUAUGUAGUUUAACAAUUUUAUUCAUCACAUCUCAGAAUAUUCUCCCAGGCAAGGCCACCAAGGUACAGAAGGUAGACAAAACACUUUGAUGAACAGGUAGUCAGCCAGGUUACAUGAGCAUUUUUAUUAGUUAAACUGGUUGAUGAAUAUAUUGCCAGAAUUUAAGUAAAGCCUAACGAAGAUGAUACACAAGAACACAGUGUGUUUAAAACUGCUGUUCAGCGUUCAGUACCACUGCACCGUGCACGUUCCAACCUGUUCAAGUGUCUCAUUUUGCCAACCAGUGAUUUGAGUUCCUGUCUGCCCUUUAGAGUUUAGAGGGUUAUCAUCACUUUUUUCUAAUUUGUUUCACCAGUUUCAUGUUGAAAGAAAUUGACCAUUUUGCUUUUAGCUCACACACUAAACUGAUUUGAUAGCCAGCCUAUACUGUACUUACCAGAGACACAAAAACAGCUAAAAACAUUUUAUGUUGCAAAAGAAGAAAUAGAGAAUAUUUUCUUCCUAUUUUUCUACGCUACACGGAAAAUGUUUGUUGUCAUAGUAAAAAUAACCAACAUGUAAUGUUACCUUGAAUUAUUCAGAUGCAGCAGAAGGAAUUGAUUCUUAUACAGUUUAAUUUAUCAGUUUCUAGACAUUUUUUUCUUUCGAUUAAUAAAUGAUUUAUUUGAAAAUUUUAUUCUGCUUUUUUGAAGCAUUGUCAAUUAACUACAAAAAUGAUCAGAUUCAGGAAUUUUAGGGAAACAUUUUACAGAAGUUUUAUUUCUUUUUGUUGAGAAUGUCUUGCUCUUAAAUAAACUGGAAGAUAUUUGAAUUGGAUAAUAAAUGUUCUCAAACUCUA